AAUGAAACAAGCAGAUUUUCUUUCUUCUUUUAAAAGGGCCAAAUUAAAUGUUUUAUUUGAAUGCUUUUGAAAAAUUAUAUUUAUAUCCAAACUCUCAUUAAAUAGCUGUCGCCAUGCUUUCAUGGUCCUCUGGGUAUGCAGCCACUAGUCGGCCCGGUGCGGUGCAGCCAUUCUGCCCGGUUCAGCCUCGCUCGCUGUGGGAAGUGAGCGGGCAUUCAGAGAGGAUGCUGAGGCCUGCCAGUCCCACGACACAUCCAUCAUUAACCCGGGGCUACUAGGCUGGUCCGGGCUAUGGCUGCACCUAUCGUACAUUUCGACGACGACUGGCCGAUUUUGGGUGAUUUGAGCAUGGUUUCAGACCAGAGGCUGCAGCUGCCACAGAAAGGCCGUGGAGCGGCCGCCGCCGCGGGGGACCCCACUCCGCAGCUCCUCCUGGGUGAUGGUGAUAUCACCGAGCUGCAAGACAGCAGCUUCUCCCCGGGGGAAACCGGUGCUUUCAGGUCCAUGGAGGACCUGGUGAACGAUUUUGACGAGAAGUUAUCCGUGUGCUUCCGACAUUUUAACGCCAAGACGGACAGCAUCGCUCCCGUGAAGGAGAUAACGGAGGACUCGCUGCUGGAGAAAGACGAAAUCUGGAAGGUUUUGACCAGUAACUAUGGGCGUGUGAUGCCGGUGGAUUGGAAACAAUCUCAAACACGUUCCCUCCACAUCCCAUCAUUCAACCUGGAGGAUAAACCCAGAACGACUGAUGUCACGGCGGAGCAGUCGGACGAUGAGGAGCUGAGGGAACAGCUGGACAUGCACUCCAUCAUCGUCUCCUGCCUUGCCGAGGAGCCCCUUUUCACAGCCGAGCAGGUUAUCGAGGAGAUCGAGGAGAUGAUGCAGAACUCUCCUGACGCGGAGGCAGGGCACAACCCUUCCCAGUCGGACCUCUCGAUGCUCUCCCUGGACGUCCAGCGCUGCACCAGGAGCCCCAGCUACGAGUCGAGGGUCAGGACCCUGAGUGUUGCAGAGCUGAAUGAACGUCUGGAGGAGACUGAGACGAACAUCAGGAGGUUCUCAGAGGAGCUGGUGCAGCAGCUGGCUCUGAGGGACGAGCUGGACUUUGAGAAAGAGGUGAAGAACAGCUUCAUCUCAGCGCUCAUCGAUGUACAAAACCGACAGAAGGAGCACCGCGAGCUGCUGAAGAAGAAGAAGAAGCUAAAAGGUGGAGCCGGGACGUCGCAGGGCCACGCGGAGAAGACGCUCGGAUCACGCUUCAGCAUGGAGGGAAUCUCCUUUGUCAUUCAGAACAGCUUCCGGCAAACAUUUGGGAGCGGGUGCAGUGAAAGACAGUAUUUGACCACAGUCAUCCCCUAUGAGAAAAAGGGACAUCCUCCGUCGCUUGAGGACCUCGAGAUCCUGACUAAGAUCCUACAAGCUAUGAGAGACGACAGUGACAAGGUGCCCAGUCUCUUAACAGACUAUAUCCUCAAAGUGCUUUGCCCGACGUAGGACAGAGGGACGGUGCCCAACACCCUGCAGAGGCUUCCGAUAGUUUACCAUGGCAACAAGAUGAAGAGGGAUCAUUGUAUUUUUCGCAGACAUGAAGCACACUUAUUUAUUCCUGCAUGUUUUUACCUCGAGAUGUGUCUUUUUUUGUGUUCUUUUCUUCAUUUAGUUGUAUUUAUUUUGUGUUGAGCGUUGUGAUUUUGCAAACCUUGUGUGUUCCUGUAAAUUUUGACUUAUUUUAAAUGUUCCUGCACUGUGAAAGAGUAUUUUAAAAAUGUUAAAAUAAUAUAAGAAAAAUACCCUGAUGGAUAUAUAUCAGCGUAGAAGCUGCGCUGUUUGGAAACGGAGCUCAUCUUGUUGGUCUUAUGUAAGAACAGAGCUACAAUGCAAAGGGAUUUGUAUUUAUCUGAAGUGCUUAACGAUCCGCUGAGCAAUGAACAAAUGCUCAAAGCACGUUGAAGUUGCAGUAAUAGAGGAUUAUAAAAAGAGCUUUUGAAGCAUCAAAACUGUAAAGCAUAAACAGUAAAGGAUGAUUUUAAAAGAUUUGAACGAUCCCCAGGAGGAAAUCAAUAAGUAUUACAGCAGCACAUGAGACAGUUUAGAGAAGUAGGAAGGAACAGGAUACAGACACAAAGAAUAUUAAUGCAAUAAUAACAAAUACAUUAGUCAGUUACCUUAAUAUGCAUAAACAUAAUGUGCAAAACCACCAUAUGAUUUAUGCAGCAGACAAAGUGUGUUAUCUGCUUUCAUCUCAGCAGAUCACUACAUACAUCUUCAUUAUUAUUCUACGGAAGAUAACGUGUUGUCGAAGCGAUGUAGUGGACUGAAAAUAACUAACUAUGCAUUUGAGUGAGUACUGAGUUGUGACCCAUGCACUGUCUACUUUCGUGACGCUGUCUGUAACUCUGAAUCAGAGACCGUAGCGUCGACGUGCCUGCUGCGCACAGGGCAGCUUGUUAUUCCGUUUGUAUUCUUGUAUAUGUACAAACUGCCUUUGGUCUUUGCCUGAACUUUUGUACAAUAUAAAUGACUUUUAUUUUCAAUGAUUGUCAAACUGCCGGACUACUUACAGAACCUGCUUCAUUGUUAAUUUAUAUUGUAAAUAUUUUGUUUCAAAUACAUUGACAAAAAUCACA